ACUGCAGUGACAGCUUUGGGCUUCUGUUAAGAUCAGUUCUGUGUGUUUACUGUACUCGGGCUCAUCCACCAAUAUGUCCAGGCCGCUGUCGGACUAUGACAAAAGGAAACAGAUUUCUGUAAGAGGUCUAGCCGGUGUGGAGAACGUGUCGGACCUGAAGACUAACUUCAACCGGCACUUGCACUUCACACUGGUGAAGGACAGAAAUGUGGCCACGAAGCGGGAUUACUACUUCGCCCUGGCACACACAGUGAGAGACCACCUGGUGGGCAGGUGGAUCCGAACCCAGCAGCACUACUAUGAGAAGGACCCGAAACGUGUGUACUACAUUUCACUGGAGUUCUACAUGGGCCGUACUCUGCAGAACACCAUGGUGAACCUGGCCUUGGAGAACGCUUGUGAUGAGGCUGUGUACCAGCUGGGUUUGGACAUGGAGGAGCUUGAGGACAUGGAAGAGGAUGCUGGACUGGGAAACGGAGGCUUGGGCCGUCUAGCUGCUUGUUUCCUGGACUCUAUGGCUACUCUUGGCUUGGCUGCUUACGGCUAUGGCAUUCGCUAUGAGUUUGGCAUCUUCAACCAGAAAAUUGCUCAUGGCUGGCAGAUUGAAGAAGCUGAUGAUUGGCUACGCUAUGGCAACCCAUGGGAGAAAGCCCGCCCUGAAUACAUGCGCCCUGUCCACUUCUAUGGCAGGACAGAGCACCAUCCAGAUGGAGUCAAAUGGGUUGACACUCAGGUUGUGUUGGCUUUGCCAUAUGACACUCCUGUGCCAGGAUACAGGAACAAUGUUGUGAACACCAUGAGGCUGUGGUCUGCCAAGGCCCCGUGCGAGUUCAACCUAAAAGACUUCAACAUUGGGGGCUACAUCCAGGCCGUGCUGGACCGCAACUUGGCCGAGAACAUUUCUCGAGUGCUGUAUCCCAAUGACAACUUCUUUGAGGGGAAGGAGCUGCGUCUGAAGCAGGAGUACUUUGUAGUGGCUGCCACCCUCCAGGACAUCGUCCGCCGCUUUAAGGCCUCCAAAUUUGGCUCCAGAGAGAUUGUGCGCACUGACUUCACUACUCUUCCUGAUAAGGUGGCCAUCCAGCUGAAUGACACUCACCCUGCUCUUGCAAUCCCUGAGCUGAUGAGGAUGCUGGUAGAUGAGGAGAAGCUGUCCUGGGAGAAGGCCUGGGAUAUCACUGUAAAGACUUGUGCUUACACUAACCACACAGUGCUGCCUGAGGCUUUAGAGCGCUGGCCUAUUGAUCUUUUCCAGUCCCUGCUACCUCGCCACCUUGAGAUCAUUUACGAGAUCAAUCGCCGCCACAUGGAGCGUGUGGCGUCCCUGUACCCUGGUGAUAUUGAUCGCCUACGCCGCAUGUCUCUGAUUGAGGAGGGAGGAAUUAAAAGGGUCAACAUGGCGCACCUGUGCAUUGUUGGUUCCCACGCAGUCAACGGUGUGGCGCAAAUUCACUCAGACAUCCUAAAAGCGACUGUGUUCAGGGACUUUUAUGAGAUGGACCCACACAAGUUCCAGAACAAAACCAAUGGCAUCACCCCUCGCCGCUGGCUGGUCAUGUGCAACCCUGGCCUGGCUGAGGUUAUUGCUGAGAGAAUAGGAGAGGAUUUCAUCCGGGACCUGAGCCAGCUGAGGAAGCUACACAACUUUGUUAAUGAUGAUGCCUUCAUUCGUGACAUUGCCAAAGUCAAACAGGAAAACAAGCUGAAGUUUGCCACCCACCUGGAGGAGCACUACAAGGUGAAGAUCAAUCCCAAUUCCAUGUUUGACAUCCAGGUCAAGCGAAUCCAUGAGUAUAAAAGACAACUGCUCAACUGUCUGCACAUUAUCACUUUCUAUAACCGCAUCAAGAAGGAUCCCAAGAGGCAGUGGACUCCUAGAACCAUCAUGAUUGGUGGAAAGGCUGCCCCAGGCUACCACACAGCCAAGAUGAUCAUACGUUUGAUCACAGCUAUCGGUGAGGUGGUCAACAAUGACCCAGUGGUGGGUGACCGCCUCAAAGUCAUCUUCCUGGAGAACUACAGAGUCACGCUGGCUGAAAAAGCGAUCCCUGCUGCCGACCUGUCUCAGCAAAUCUCCACCGCCGGCACAGAAGCUUCCGGAACUGGAAACAUGAAGUUCAUGUUGAACGGGGCUCUGACCAUCGGAACCAUGGACGGCGCCAACGUGGAGAUGGCAGAAGAGGCCGGAGAGGACAACCUCUUCAUCUUUGGCAUGAGAGUGGAAGAUGUGGAGGCCAUGGACAGGAAGGGAUAUAAUGCGUCAGAAUACUAUAACCGUAUUCCUGAGCUGAAGCAGGCUAUUGACCAGAUCGCAGGAGGUUUCUUCAGUCCUAAGCAGCCUGACCUCUUCGGUGACAUUGUCAAUAUGCUCAUGCACCAUGACAGAUUUAAGGUGUUUGCUGACUAUGAGGACUACAUCAAAUGCCAAGAGAAAGUCAGUGCCCUUUACAAGAAGCCCAAGGAAUGGACCAAGAAGGUGAUUUACAACAUUGCUGCUUCUGGCAAGUUCUCCAGUGAUCGUACUAUUGCUCAGUAUGCUCGUGAAAUCUGGGGCAUGGAACCCAGUUUGGAGAAGAUCCCAGCUCCCAAUGACCCAAAAUAAAUAAUGCAGGCUGCCCAAGCCCAUCUCCGAUUUGGACCCAACACCAACACUGCAUGAGUCUUUAAGAGCAGUCUUUAAAACAGAUUUUUUUCCAGAAUGAA